AAGGCCAUAAUAUUUCCGAUUAAUUGUUCAGCGUGUGUUGCUAUAUUAGUGUGCACGCACGCACCACGCCGCAUCGAGAGAGAGAGACAGAGGGUAGCCAGGGUUUCGUGUCUGCCAUGAUCAAGCCUCACAGCCACUCAAUCUCUGCAGAUUUCCUAGCAGCCCUCGCCUUCGUCGCCGUCAACAAAUCCCAACGCCACCACCUUCUCCUCAAGGCGCAGAUCCACCACCUGCCUUCCAUGUCCACCGCCACAAUCCCUGCGGCUUCCACCGGAAGCGCCUUCGUGUCGGCGCAGAGCUUCUCCUCCCCCCAGACCCUUUCUGACUGGCUGAGGCCUAGGCUUCCCAGAGAUCUCCCCAGCUGGGGAGUCAAGCCCGGCACCAAGAACGUCUCCAACCUCUGGCUCGAGCUCGCCCACGGCGAGGCCCUCCUCCAGGAUUCCGUCCCGCCCCGCCGUACCGUCAACGUCGCUGCCGUCCGCAUCCACAACGCAGCCGGCGACGUCCUCAUCGAAUCCCACCAGGAGCUCAGCGAUGGCACCGUGCGGCCCCGCCGCCGCCCGCUUUCGGAGAAAAUGAGGCCAGGCGAGACCGUGUGCGAAGCCGUACUCAGGGCCAUCCGCGAGGAAUUGGGCUCCGUCCUUCGCUCCGGCCAAGGGGUUCGGGUGCUGAUGGAGUCGUACUCGAGGAGGGUGGAGGAGAGGAACUCCGUGUCUUACCCGGGGAUGCCCGCCUGCUAUAUCUUGCAUUCGGUGGACGCCAUCGUGGAGGAAGGGUUGCCAGAGGGCGAGUUUUUCACGGAGGAGGAGGACGAGUACGUCGGCUCCGGCAGGCUAGCGGAGGGUGCGGUGGUCGUGAGAAGGCAUUUCUGGAAGUGGACUCCUUGCGAAGAAGCCUCAGAAGGUUUUCAUUAGUCCCAGUGUUUUCUUCCCAUUUUUCUGUUUGGUAUUAAUUCAUUGGAAAAUCUUCUAUAAUAGUUUCGAGCAGGAUUUCCGAGAUUUUGUCUUUUCUGGUUCAUGUAUUUAUGCGAAAAGAGUGUAUUGGUGAGAGCUGCUAUAGAAACUGACUUGACUUGAAUACAUUGAAUUCAUUGAAUGAAUAAAGAGGCAAUUGGUACUU